AUGCACGGGGCACGCCCGAACAUAUACGUGGACGUGGAGCUGCGGGGCGGAGAGUUGCCUCCUGGCGUCGCGGCCAUAGCGGCAGCGGUGCUCGUGGUCCUCAUUCUCCUUGUGGUUCUCGUGUUUUUUGUAUGCCGCUCGCUCCUGAAGGCACAGUACAGUCAACCGGAGCGUGUUCUGGCCGAACCAACCAACACAGGGAGGUUUCCCCCCUCUCCUCCUGCCUACGGAAAUGCAAACUUGUGGAGAGAAACUUUUCUCGGGAUCGUUUGCGACAACGAAAAGUAUGUUCACAAUUCGGAAGCUCUGCAUGCCGUUUACGCCGUCCCGUUGGACCUGCGGCUCUGCGACGCGCUUGUCAACGAGGAGCUCCUCAAGGACAGGGAUCGUCUCUCUAGAGCGUGGGAGCGACGCCGCGCGCUGAAUGAUGUGUUCGGUGCUAGCGUUCACGACGUGAGCGGGGGUGCGAGCGUGGCGCCGUCACCGUCCAGUCGGAGCGGUCAGGACCCCUGUGACCCAGGCGGGCGGGCUGCGGAUGCCGCUUUCCAAGACAAAAUUUGA